AUGGCUCAAAAUGUUUCCAGAAAAACAAUCAACGAAUUUGUUAUCACAGGAUUUGAUAAUUUUGAAAAACCAGUAAUUCUUGGAAUUGUCAUACUUACUGUAUACAUUCUUGUAAUGCUUGGGAACCUGGCAAACAUAUGCUUUAUUGUUAUGGAUAAACAUCUACACCAGCCAAUGUAUCUCUUCAUUUGCAAUUUAGCAAUAGUAGACAUGCUCUAUUGUACAUGUUCAUGUCCAACUAUGAUAGGGAACCUUUUAGUUGGCUUUAAAACUAUAUCUUAUGUACCAUGCAUUAUUCAGAUGUUUGUGUUUGGUUUAGGCUUUGUGAUGGAGGUGUUUACUAUUUCUGUCAUGGCUUUUGACCGAUUACUUGCCAUAAUCAAGCCUCUGCGCUACCCUUCAAUUCUGACAAAUGUUCGUUCUGUUAUUCUCACUUCUUUCUUGUGGAUUCUAGGUACUGCUAUAGUAGCUGUCCUGCCUGGAACUGUUAUUUCUCUACCAUUUUGUUUCACAACACUUAAAUUCUUGUUUUGUGACUAUGGAUCUGUUGUCAGAGCCACUUGUGUAGAUCCUAACCCAUAUUUUGAUUUGAUGGCAAUUUUAACUUUUUUUCUGCUGUUUGGGACAUUCAGUUUCAUCUGUGGGUCUUACAUAAUGAUAGUUAUUGUUGUUGUCAAAAUGACCUCAAAAGGUAGCAAGAAAAAAGUGUUUAACACAUGCUUUAGUCAUUUGAUAGUUGUAGUGUGCUAUUAUGGCCCUACUUUUAUUAUAACCAUUUUAACUAGAACAGGUAUAGUUCUCACAAUAGAGGAGCGACAUGGGCUCAGAAUUGGCACCAUUCUUGGUCCAUCCUUAGUAAAUCCUUUCAUAUAUUCUUUUAGAACCAAAGAGAUCAGAGACAAAAUCUUGAGAAUUGUGUCUAAAGUUGGACCAACCAAAGAAUAAUGUGGGGGAAAAUAUGCUGUUUUUACUUUUUUUAACACUUACAUAAAGAGUGAGUAAAGGCUCAUAGACCCACAAAGCAUAUACAGUGUAAAAGCAGG